ACGACGAGUCGCGGUCUUCGAGCCAUGGCCGCGCGGGAGGAAGGAGAGGCUGCACACGGUAAAGCGAGGCAGCAGCAGCACGACGGAGGCAGCCGCUCGGACGGCUUCAGGAACGGCUACGUGAAAAGCUGCGUCACCCCCCUCAAGCAGGACCCCCGCGGGCUUCUGUGGUUCAACCAAGACCUGCUCGGCUCCAAGGUCUUCAGGGUUUCCGCCGUGUACGUCGGCGCCGUUGUCAUUUUGGCUCUGUCCGUGCUCCUCUCCCGGAGCUCGCCCAGCGACUCUCGGUGGGAUUUGCGGACUUUGGUGUCGGGCAUCUCGCAGUCCGCCAGUCCGCUCUUCAGCAUCGGCUGCGCCUUCUUCUUCCUGACCUUCUACCUGAGGAGGAGGAAGCAGCAGCAGCAGCAGCAGAAGAAGAAGGAGGAGGACGGCAGCCGCUGGUGGCUCCUGUCGCUGCCGGCGUCCUGCUACCUGGGGGACUUCGCGGUUCUCGGCUUCUCGCAAUGGGGAGAGGAGCAGCAGCAGAUGCAAAUGGUGGGCAGGUUGUUGUUGGUCUUGGGCUGCGUGGGACUGGUCACGCUCGUCCCCACGCUCAAGCUCAAACACAGCGUGCUGGUCCUGAUCUUCGCCAGCCUGGUGUGGCUGCUCUCCUUCACCAGUUUGGGCGGACUGUCCCCGCUGCUCAGGCCGCUGCUCGCCUGCGCCGCCGGGCUCUGCGGCUCCUUGCUGGGGCUCGGCUUCGACCGGUGCUGCCCGCCCGGGGACGCUCCGAGCGGGGGCUCCGGCGCGGAUGACAGGGUUCCCGUCAUCCGGGCCAGGAGGCGCUCCAGUUGCGUGUCCCUGGGGGAGACGUCGAGCAGUUAUUACGGCAGCUGUAAAAUGCCCCGGAGACCGUCUUUACCCUGCAUAUCCCGCGAACAGAUGAUCCUGUGGGACUGGGAUCUUAAACACUGGUACAAGCCACAGUAUCAGGGCGCGGCGAGCGGCAACGGCGUGGACCUGUCAGUCAUCAACGAGGCCAGGAACCUGGUGUCAGAACUGUUGAUGGACUCGUCCCUGUCACCGCACGCCACCUCAACCCUGCACAACGUCUCCAGCCUCAUGGGGACCUUCUCAGGGUCGUGUCGCCCCAGGGUCAACCCUUUCACCCCUUUCCCCGGAUUCUACCCCUGUGACGAGGUGGAUGACUCGGUAGAGAGGAGUGAACGCAAAACCAUAAAGGGUUUGAGCAGCAGAAACAGCCUCCCGACUCCUCAGCCCAGACGGAGUUCUUCCUCCUCCUCUGUGCUGCCUCCUCACGACUCCCUUUCGUCACGAUGGGAACGCAACAGCGGCAAGAGAUCCCAUCCAGAUCUCAACUUGAUUAGCUCAGGUCUGUCCAACGGGCCGAGCGCAAAUCUGCUCACCAUUCCCAAGCAGAGGUCGUCUUCUGUCACCCUCACCUACCACGCGGGGUCCAGGAGAACAGGGACCUCCCCAAGUCUGAGUCCCGUCACCUCCCCCAGCCACACUCCUUCGUCUGUAGGCGCAGGGUCUUCGUCGUCCCUGGUCAACCGCUCGCCCGUGGAGUUUCCGGACACCGCGGACUUCCUGACCAAGCCAAGUCUCAACCUGAACCUGCACAAGCCUUUGGGCUACUUGCUCAGCUCGUGCGACUUCCAGCAGGCAUUCCGCAGCUCCGCUUUACCUCUUUGCACCAGCUGCGGGCGUCAGAUGCCAAAGGGGGUUUCCGGCAACGAUUUGGGGGAUCUUCAUCAGCCGCUCCUCAGCGAGACCCAACGCAGACGCUCAGCGGGGGAAGGACCAGAGUUCCAAGGGGAGCCUUUAAUCAGGGAGGAGAGCGCGGAAGCGGAUUCGCCCGGGGAGGCUGACGGCAGGGGGAAGCAGGGCCACGCUGAGGAGGAGCAGAGCCCCGGCGCAGAGAAGCAAACUCAGGAAUCGGGGCGUGAUCAAGAGUUCCGGCUAGACCCGAUGCUGGAAGACCACGAGGCCCUCAUGGACAGGAUGAAUACCUGGAACUUCCAGAUUUUUGACCUGGUGGACAAAACAGGAGGAAAGACCGGAAGAAUUCUCAGCUAUGUGACUUACACCCUUUUCCAGGAUACGUGUCUGUUUGAAAUUUUCAAGAUCCCCGUGAGGGAGUUCAUGACGUACUUCUUUGCUCUGGAAAAUGGCUACAGGGACAUUCCCUAUCAUAACCGGGUCCACGCGACUGACGUGCUGCACGCUGUCUGGUACCUGACCACUCGACCAAUCCCCGGGUUCCAACAGAUCCACAGUGAGCAUGUGACCGGAAGUGACACGGACUCAGACAGCGGGAUCUCUCCCGGCAGGAUAUCGUACGCCUCGUCCAAGAGUUCCUCCAUAUCGGAUGACAGCUACGGCUGCCUGGCUUGGAACAUCCCAGCUCUGGAGCUCAUGGCCCUCUAUGUAGCAGCCGCGAUGCACGACUAUGACCACCCUGGUCGCACUAAUGCCUUUUUAGUCGCCACUAACGCGCCUCAGGCGGUGCUGUACAACGACCGCUCGGUGCUAGAGAACCACCACGCGGCGUCCGCCUGGAACCUUUACCUGUCCCGGCCCGAGUUCAACUUCCUGGUCAACCUCGAUCACGUGGAGUUCAAGCGCUUUCGCUUCCUGGUCAUUGAAGCCAUUCUAGCCACAGACCUCAAGAAGCACUUUGACUUCCUGGCCGAGUUCAAUUCCAAGGUCAAUGACGUGAACAGUCCAGGAAUUGACUGGGCCAACGAAAAUGACAGACUGCUGGUGUGUCAAAUGUGUAUCAAGCUGGCAGACAUCAACGGACCUGCCAAAGUCCGCGACCUGCAUCUGAAAUGGACAGAAGGCAUUGUCAAUGAGUUUUAUGAGCAGGGAGAUGAAGAAGCCAGCCUGGGCUUACCCGUCAGCCCUUUCAUGGACCGCUCCGCCCCGCAGCUGGCGAAGCUGCAAGAGUCCUUCAUCACACAUAUCGUCGGCCCGCUUUGUAACUCCUACGACGCUGCGGGUUUACUUCCUGGCCAGUGGGUCGGCGGGGACGGGUCGGACGAAGACGACGAGGGCCGAGCGGAUUCCGACACCGAGGACGACGACGACGAGGAGGAGGACGAGGAGGACGCGGAUGAGCUUGAAGAUGAUCUACGGCCGAAAAGGAGGAAAAGCCACCGGCAGUUAUUCUGCAGCAUCAUGCAGCACCUGAGCGAGAACCACAAAGUGUGGAAGAAGGUCAUCGAGGAAGAGGAGAAGAGCAAAGACGCCGGCAAGCAGCAGCAGCAGGAGCAGCCGUCCGCCGGCCUGCCGGUCGGCGGGCCCCCGUCGCCUUCGGAUGACAUCCAGGUCAUCCAGGAGGAGGAGGAAGCCGAGGAGCGUCAGUAGCGCCACGGAAAAACGUGCGGAGGAGAAGAGCUGCAGAAAAAAAUAGUCGUCCUUCACCCAACGGCCUUUGACAUACAAACAUGCACAUCGUGACAUUUUUCACACUGUGCAGUCAACUUUUGGAGAAACAAACAAACGGGAAAAAAAAGGCCUUACCACUGUGAGCGGAUCCUCGCUGCGACAGUGGGAGUCCAUCUCCUGUGCACUUUCGGCCCUCCGAGACGAAAAAGAGCGCCGCGAGUCGGGUCGCGGGCGCCCGGGAAGAGCGUCGGGUCGGCUGCGACGGAUGCCUCGAGUGCGUAGCGCUGACACCUCUCUUAGGUACAAAAAAAAAAAAAAAAAAUGUUUUUGAGCAUGAUGCAAGCAGGCAACAAGGAGACGCCGUCGACGCCCUUUACCAAAGUGAACUGUUCAUACGCGGAAAGACGAGAGCGAGACUCUUUCAGCCUGAGUUUUGGGUUUAUUUUUGGGAAUUCUAUCUCGCUAUCUAUCUCAGAUGUGCCUGUCUGAACCUUGACCGAGUCCACAUUGGCCCAGAUCCUCGGCUUCUGUAGUUUUCUCUCCUCGCUGGUGACACGGAAACACUGUAUGACACUCGGUCGCUGGGGCGCGAUUGAUGAAAUGUCGACUGAUAAUUUAGCAUUAUUAUAUCGGCAUCAUUUUGGAUGCCGUCAGUCAUGUUUGCCACCCCCCCCCCCUUCUUCUUUUGUCUUUUCCUCCGCUGCAACGCAUCUUGAUUAUAUUUUUCGGAAGAGCGUGAGAGAGAUUUUGAAGAAAGAGAGCACAUUUUGAAUUAUUUUUUAGUAUGUGAUUUGUGUGUAUGCGUUGCGGUUCCUUUCAUCGAUCUGGUGUUGCGUUCAGGUUGGGAAUGGAUUUUUAAUUUCAUCUUUUUUUUUUUUGUUAAGGUUACUCAGGAUUCUUGCAAAGUUGUAUGAUUACUUUGCAGGAAUUAAUGUCAUUGAUAUUGAUAGUGGCACCAUCCAGUGCACGAGGGCGAGUGGAGGAGGGAACAAGUCGAGACCGCCGUCGGCGCCGUGACCGGACCUUACAGUAUGUGCCGUCUCUUGUCCAUUCACACGCAGCUCGCUUAUCCUCACUGGAGAAAAACCUUGUAGGGCCGCGUUGCGACACUAGGACUUUUUUAUUUUAUUUUAUUUUUUUUUUUACAGUACAAUGACCAGGUGCCUCUUUUUUUUUUUUUUUUUUUU